AAAUAAAAAAAAAUAUACAUAUAUAAUAAAUGGGUGGAGACGUACAUGAUUUAUCUUAUUAUUCCAAAUGUAUGAUGGGAGGAAUUCUUGCUUGUGGAUUAACUCACACAGCCAUUGUACCUUUAGACGUUGUAAAAUGUCGUCGUUAAGUUUUUCCUGGAAUGUAUAAAUCUUUAGGUGAUGGUUUAUCUCAAUUAAGAGCCACUGAAGGAAUGGGAGGAAAAGGAUUAGCCUUAGGUUGGAUUCCAACAUUUAUUGGUUAUUCUUUAUAAGGAUUCGGAAAGUUCGGAUUUUACGAAAUAUUCAAAGACGUAUACAAAGGAAUAGUCGGAGAAGAAAAUUCUGUUAAAUAUAGAAGAAUCGGUUGGUCAAUUUCAUCCGCUUGUGCCGAAGUAAUUGCCGAUGUCUUAUUAUGUCCUUUCGAAGCUGCUAAAGUAAGAAUGUAAACAUCUAAACCAGGCACUUUCACUACCAAAUUUUCAGUUGCUUUUAAUUCAAUAUUGACCAAUGAAGGAUCUUAAGGGCUUUAUAAAGGAUUAGGACCCCUUUGGGCUAGAUAAGUACCUUAUACAAUUGUUAAAUUCGUUGCUUUCGAAUAAAUCGUAGAACUCUUCUACACUUAUUUACUCACUAGACCAAAAAGUGAAUACUCUAAAGGUUAAUAAUUGGGUGUUACUUUUGCUUCUGGGUAUCUCGCUGGUAUCUUUUGCGCUAUUGUUUCACACCCUGCUGAUACUAUGGUAUCAAAACUUAAUUCAGUAAAAGGAACUGGCACUUUAGGCGAAAAUGUUUCCAGAAUUUAUGGCGAAAUAGGAUUUAAAGGAUUAUGGGCAGGAUUAGGAACCAGAAUUUUUAUGAUUGGUACCCUUACUGGUCUUUAAUGGUGGAUUUAUGACACUUUUAAAACAUCUAUGGGAUUAGCAGCAUCUGGUGGUGGAGUUACUCCUCCUAAAGCUUCAAAGCAUUGAUUUUGGAGGAAUUUAUUUUAUUAAAUAUAUUUUAUAAAUAUAGAAGACAUAUAUAUUUUUUUUGUUUUUUUUAGAGAUUAUUUGCAUU